AUGCUUGCCAGUCCUUUCAUCCCAUUCGAGCAACCUUGGACCAGGGUCCACCUCAUGCUCAUUGAGUCUGGGCUCAACAUACAGUCUGCCUGGCUUCCCCCAGAAGUCAAGGCCCAUCUGGAAGCAGGAAGAGAGGCAGCAGCAUGCCAGCGUAAAGUCCAAGAGUGGGAACGUAAUAAGUGGCCCCAUGAGUUUGACAGUAGUGCCAUACCUGACAAGAGGCCCAACCCCACAUGGGUUGCAGAUUCCAACCACCCCAGUGCCAACUUUUACUUGAAGAUGAUGAAGCCUGCCACUAUGCCGUGGCAUACUCCCGCUCCUCAAUUCCAAACCUCUAUGCUGACAAAGCCACCUGUAGGAGAGUAUUACAAGGAGAUCCUGAGGCAGGUCCAUCAGGUACUAGAUAGGACCAUCGAAAUGGUCCUGGUACUGCUGUGGGGACUAACCUGGGAUAAGCUAUUCGAUGCCAUGGCUUAUAGCAUCCGCACAGACCCAUAG